GUGUAUAUAUCAUUCUAGCGAUCGAGGAUGUCAACGAAGAUUACCCGCGAUCCUUGCGUUCUCCUCGCGGCUGCUCUGCUCUCGCUUCCGCGAUUGUAUCAGAUCCUGGUAGGACCAUCUCACAUGCUGCCGAAGUAUAUAUACAUCCAACACUGAUCAUCUAGUACCUCACCCGCUGAAUCUCGUCCUACGUCGCUUGCGCGCCCAAGCAUGAACAAUGGCGAACCAUGGCACGAUGUUCUACCAGAAAAUACUAUUUUGUGCCUCUGCUAUAAGGCGUUGUGCUUGAUCGCUGUAUCAAAGUCGUCGGUUGAUCACUGGCGUUACCUCAUAGAGCGUCCGAUAAAGAAAGAAUGGAUAGCACACAAGGAAAUGGUGGUAAAUCGGUUUGAAAACAUGAACAUAACGGCGGGUCUGGUGUUGACUACAACUGCUGUUUUUGUAUCUACUACACCUCCAUUUAACCCUCUUAUGCCCUAUGCAAGUCAUGGAUCGUAUAUCCUUCAACUGUGCUCGUUUGUAGCUUCGUUGAUCAGUUUGAUGAUUGGUACUUCUGUCCUCAUCAUCUAUGACACUUGCUAUGCGAAUGAGCGGGUAUUGAAAUCGUUAAUGGAUUCUCGCUCGCGUCGCAUAUGUUGCCUUAUACUGAUGGCGUAUCCGUCCCUGGCUCUGGCAGUUUCGACCUUGGCUUUGAUGACAGCCUUCUUUAUAGCUGGUUUCACAUCCGACAAACUCUUCGUAAAAAUUAUGACUGCAACAACCUAUGUAGCACUGCUUUUCCUCGGCGUACUCGCAGUAUAUGUAUUCAGCGACCGUAUAAAGGAGAUUGCUUCACACGAAGAAGAAAAUAAUCAUACCACAGAUAUCCGUGAUAGCGGGAUUUCUCAAGAAAAACCAGGGCAUUCGGGCAACCGUCAGGUCUAGGGGGAGGGUUACGCCAUUGGCUGGUGGUAUGGAUGGAUAUGUUGCCGUCGAUGUCUUAUUUGUUAAGAUGUUUGUGUUGCUUUGAACUAGUGCUUUGCAUUGUUUUAUGUACUCGGCAAGUGUUAUAUCAGGAGUAGUGCUGGAAAGAAUGCAUGUGUG